GAGGGGGAGGUGUGGGGGAUGUAUUUUUUUUUUUUUUUUGUGAGAGGAUGAAAGCACCCACCGUUUCAUUCUGUUGUCUCCAGAUCUUAUUAAUUCUCCAACUCUUAUUGGCUUCCUUCUGAUCCACGCAAUCGGUUCUGAUUCGGUUUCCUGGAUGACAAUCUAACAUGGUGUUUGAUUUCUGAUCUGAAGGUGAUUGGUGGGGACGCAAGGUCUAUGGGAGGAUCCAAAAUUCCUUGAUUGAAUCGAAAGGAAGCCAAUUCGGUUUCGAUCUGUCCGAUUCUGAUUUGGGUUCUCUCCGCUGAGAAUAUGGAAUCAGAUCUAGGAAAACUAUUCAUUGGUGGGAUAUCAUGGGAGACGACAGAAGACCGUCUCAAGGAAUACUUCAUGUCUUAUGGUGAAGUUGUGGAGGCCGUUAUCAUGAAAGAUCGGACAACUGGUCGAGCUCGUGGAUUCGGUUUUGUAGUAUUUGCAGACCCAACUGUUGCGGAAAGGGUUGUCUUGGAAAAGCAUAUGAUAGAUGGCCGAGCGGUAGAAGCAAAAAAGGCAGUUCCCAGAGAUGACCAACAUAUCCUUAAUCGAAAUGUUGGUGGUAUCCAUGGAUCUCUGAGUCCUGCACGAACCAAGAAAGUGUUUGUAGGUGGUUUGGCUUCCACAGUUACAGAAAAUGAUUUCAAGAUGUACUUUGAUCAGUUUGGGACAAUAACAGAUGUUGUUGUAAUGUAUGAUCAUAACACACAGAGACCUAGAGGAUUUGGAUUUAUAACCUAUGAUUCAGAGGAUGCUGUGGAUCGGGUCUUGCUGAAAACAUUCCAUGAACUGAAUGGUAAAAUGGUGGAGGUUAAGCGGGCUGUACCAAAGGAAUUGUCACCUGGACCAAGUAGGUCCCCUCUCAGGGGCUUUGGCUAUGGUCUAAACAGAGUCAACAACUUCCUUAAUGUCUAUGCUCAGGGAUACAAUGGAAACUCACUUGGUGGAUAUCAAAUGAGGAUGGAUGGAAGGUUGAGUCCGGUUCCUGUUUCACGAGCUGGAUACUCUACCUUUGGCCCACCAAGCUAUGGGCUUGGGGCAAACUUUGGGCCUUCUCUAAGUUCUGGCUUUGGUGGGAGCACUUUUGGUGGUAAUUUAAACUAUGGUAGAGGGUUGAAUGCUUACUACAAUGGGAACUCAAGUAGAUACAGUAGUCCAAUUGGGUAUGGUGGAAGUAACAGAGCAGCUGGGACAUUUUUCAAUACACCUACUCGAAAUGUUUGGGGCAAUGGUGGCCUUAAUUAUACCACAAGCUCUGCUAGCUCUGUAGAUUAUGCGAUUUCUGGAAGUGAUAGCUUUGGAAAUAGUGGCUCAACAUGGGGAUCAUCUCCCUCUGUUGGCAUACAUGGUGGAGGAAGCAGUGCUGGUUAUGCAAGUGGGAUACUUGGUUAUGAGAAUUCAGAGAAUAGUUAUGGACUGGGAGGAAGUGGUUAUGGCGGGGGUGGUGGAACUGGCAUCUCUCAGGCUUCACUUAGUGCAACUAAUGGGGGAUAUGAUGGAUCUUACUUGGAUCUUUAUAGUAACAACUCUGUUUAUGGUGAUCCAACGUGGAGAUCUGGAAUUUCUGAAACAGAUGGGUCAGGCUCCUUUAGUUACGGACUUGGUGAUUCAGCUAGAGAUGUUACGGCAAAAGCUUCUGGGGGUUACAUGGGAGGAUAUAAUGUCACUGACAGGCAACCAAAUAGAGAUUUCAGUAGGUGAUGAGAAGGAUUCAAGGCGAUACUUUCUUCCAGUUUUUAUUGUUAUGCAGGUCUAAUUCAGGUUUUCUAUUUUUUUUCAAAUUCAUAUUCAAAGAAUAUGACAAAGGAUAUCCUUUACAAGGUUUGCAAUUUGGGUGUAACUUUCUAGGUGGAGUUUAGGCUUUCUUAUUGGAUUUGAUUGAGAUGUAAAAUUGGAUUGCGGGAUAUAUCCAGAGGGAGUGUUUCCAUUUGUAGCACGCAUCAUUAGUGAUGCACAAGAUAGGGCAAUUCUUUCUGAUGUAUUUUCUGGCUAAGAUAUGCCAGCUUCUGUUGUGUUUGUUUUCUGUUUUAAUUUCAGAUGUGCCAGAAUUCUGUUUAGUUUACUAGAGUGGAUCCUUCAGGGAAGGCAGUGGGAUCCUAGAGGAACUUGAUACUUAUCAGUGGGAAAAAUGUUCAGGAAGCUUCAUUGUGAAUCUUGGAUGUAGUUACUUAAAAGAACAUCUCUUAUUUUAAUAAUAACCAUUUUCAGGAUUUGACUUA